AUGAAUUUUGAAGAGGAUAACCUGACUGAGCUUUGUGACAAGUUCUCCUGCCCGGUUCAAUCUUUUUCUGCUGCAGUGUAUGCACUAAUGUAUAUGACCACAAGUGCUGUUGUUCUAAUAACAGUGUGUGGAAACCUGCUUGUCAUCAUCUCUGUUUGUCAUUUCAAGCGGCUCCAAACACCUACUAAUAUCUUGAUUCUCUCUUUGGCUGUAUCUGAUUUUCUUGUUGGAUUGUUCGUAAUGCCAUUACAGUUGAUAAUGUUAAUAGAAUCAUGCUGGAUAUUUGGAGAAGCUGUUUGUAUGCUCUAUAUAUUUUUCUCAUUCCAGCUUACAUGCGUGUCAAUUAAUAAUGUGACUCUUAUAGCAGUGGACCGGUAUUUGGCGCUUAAUAACCCCUUUUUCUACUACAAGACAAUCUCACUGAAUGUAAUGUUCACACUAGUGCUCCUCAUCUGGCUUUUCUCUGUUGUUUACAACUUUAUUCUAUUGUACAUUAAUGACAGUCUAACUAACUUGCACAUGUGUCCAGGACAGUGUUUUUACAACGCAGAUGAUGAAAUCGGGCAGGUAUGCUCCAUGUUUGAUUUCCUGGUUGUGUUUCUUGUUCCAUGUUCUAUUAUAAUAAUAUUGUAUUCAAAAGUUUUUGUCAUCGCUAGGAGACAUGCAAAAGCCAUCAACAAAGUCAACAAAGAAAACCAUUUACAGGAGCAAGGAAACCAGAUACAGUCUACAAAGUCUGAGAGAAAAGCUGCAAAAGUACUUGGGAUACUUGUGGCUGUUUUUCUGGCAUGUUUGGUACCUCUUUAUAUCUAUUCUGUGGCAGGUGAAAAGAGAAAUUAUGACACAAAUGCUGAGCUUAGUGAGAGUAUAACUUUUCUCUUCUAUAUAAAUUCCUCCAUCAAUCCAAUUAUUUAUGCCUUGCUUUAUACUUGGUUCCAGAAAAGCAUAAAGAUAAUGUUUUCAUUUAGAUCAUGUAACAGAAAUGCAUCAUUCAUAAAUGUUCUUUUUGUAAAAACACGUAAAUAA